CCUGUCAUUGGCUGCCCGCCUUGUGCCGUUCCUUGCAUUGUUUCGGCUCUUCAACACCUGACUUACUCGCAUCAAUCGCAACAACCGCCGAUGAGCGCCAUCGCCGCGCCGCAUGGGAUGGCACGACCGGCUCGUCUACUAUCGUGAUUUUGCAUAUAGCACCCAGAGGCUGCGAAUGGCGAACGGCAACAUUGGCCUUGUGCCUGCUGCCACCUUUGCUGAGCUGCUAUCCGGGCCCAUGAUCGACAUCUACGUGGGCGAGGCCCGCCGCCGCUGGACGCUGCACCGCAACCUGCUCUGCCACCACUCGGAGCAGCUCGAGGCCGAGCUCAAGGGCACCGGCAGCCACGACCGGAAGGACGCGCUCGAGCUGCCCGAGCACGACCCCGUCGGCUUCGAGCUACUCGUAAAGUGGCUCUACCAGGGCAAGCUCGACAACGUCUCCGACCUGCCUGAUGCCACCCAGAAGUACGAAUAUGCUGUCAGCUGCCAUGCGCUCUACCUGCUAUGCGACCGCUUCGACUUGCCCCAGCUGAAGAACGUCGCCAUGGACCAGUUCCGCAAGGGGCUCAACGAGGCCGAGCUGGUCCCCGACGCCGAGGAGAUUGACGACAUCUACCGCAAGAGCCCCCAUGGCUCGCCCUUCCGCCGCCUGAUGGUCAAGAUCGCCGCGCGGCAGAUCAUGGACCCCGACAGCGAGCGCGACACCGAGACCUACCGCCAGUGCUUCGAGAACAACGCCGACUUCGCCAUCGAGCUGGUCAACGCCAUCAGACAGGGCACAGGGGGCAUGCUGCUCGAAGAUCCCACCGAGAAGGGCAACGAGUGCGAGUAUCACGACCAUGAAAACGGCCCCAAUUGCAACGUCAAGGGCAAGGCCAAGGGCAAGCAAGGUGAAUAGCCUCGAUUCGUUCCACGUCUGGUCACUCGUUCCGCAACAGCAUGGUAGUAACACGCAUUAACCAGCACGCAAGGCCAAAGCCCCGAAGCCCGACCAGUCCUCCGCCAGAUCAACAGCCUCCACAAGCUCCUACCCACCGAGCCGCCCUCACCACCCGCCUCCCAACCUGCUUCUCCCGCCUCCUCCCCACCAAUCUCGCCCCGGAAGCUCCGGCGCCGGCCCUCUACUCCGUCGCCUCACAAGUCCA